CUUAUCUCGGUCAAAAUAGCUUCGAACGAACGUGGACCUUUACUAGUAUAACAAGUAGCUAGUGGCAAAAUACCGCGAGUCUGCUGUCAUGACAGGAGCUGCCAUGCGCUUCAGCGACGCAGGCUCCACCCUCCUUCCCAUCAGGUCAAGAACGCAUCCGUCGACGGUUGUGAACGCAUACUACUUGCCGCAUCAAGUGACCCUUCCGCUUGGAAAACACGAAUUCUCAGAGUCAGACAAUGGAUUUAGGGCUGAAAAACAUUCAUGUCCUCGUAACAGGCGCAAGUGGAGGCAUCGGUCUUGAGACCGUCAAACUCUAUCUAUCCCUAGGCGCAAAUGUGACUGCACAUUACAACUCUAACUCCAAACCCAUCCAGGAUCUCCAAGUCAACUUCCCUGCACUUCAAUGCGCACAAGCAGAUCUCUCCUCUGAGUCUGCCGUGAAGAGUAUGUUCGAUACGCUCACAGGAUCGCCGUUCGGCCCUGUGGCAGUAAUCGUGGUCAACCAUGCCAUAUGGACCGCCGAGGACGUACCCAUCAUCGAUAUGACCAUCGAACAAUGGGACCAUACUCUCAGUGCAAACCUCACCUCAAGCUUCCUGGUCUGCCGCGAGUUCUUGCGCCACUUGCGUAUAGCAACAGAAGGCGUGAAAGAUAAGGCCUCGAUUGUGCUCAUCGGGAGCACGUCAGGCAAAUAUGGCGACAAGGAUCACGCAGAUUAUGCUGUCAGCAAGAGCGCGAUGAUGUAUGGUUUGACGACGACACUCAAAAGCGAGAUUGUGAAAAUCGCACCGAGGGGACGCGUGAAUUGUAUUGCACCUGGAUGGGUUCUGACGCCUAUGACACAAGAGGCGCUGAAUGAUCCUGCCAUCAGCGGACCCCUAUUAGCUGCCACUCCGUUGAAAAAACUUGGGACGCCUCUCGACGUUGCAAACCAAAUAGUGAUAGUGUCUUCAUCAGUGGUCUCGGGACAUGUAACUGGGCAAGUUAUCUUCGUAGAAGGCGGUUGCGUAGGGGACAUUUUAUGUUGCGAGUGAGUGAAAGUAGGAUCAUAGUUAGUCAGCUGGUAAUAGUUCUCGAGUGUUACGAUAAUUCGAUCAUGGCACAAUCCCAAUCGUUGGCGACUCCUAGCCCAUCUAUAAGGUCCGUGUCCCGACACGAGCUGGUCUAAAUUCUACGUACCUCGGUUCGCUUAG